GUCCUCAAUAAUAAUCUUACUACAGACGUGCUAUAAUUAUCAAUUGGUUGUAUAGUCGAAGAACAAUUUAUCACUGUUAUAUAUAGUGUUGUGUGUCAAUAACUUAAGGUUGAUUAUGAAAUUAAGGUUUAAAUAACUUGCAGAGACGGUCGUUUUAUACGAAUAAGUAAGUAUUAUUUUUAGCAUUACUAAACGUUGAUUAAAUGAAGACAUUAUCAUAGAUGCUCUCGUUUAUAAUAUAUAUAGGUAAUAAAUAAGAUAUAUCGACAUAAAUCACUCUAACUUUUUUGUUUUCUUAUUUUUUUCAGCAGACCAUUCACGUCGUUUUUACUCCACUAACACUCCGUAGUAUGUGUGCUCGGCGGCCGUUAUUGGGGUGCGCAAACUCCACAUUUGCCGGUAGGGGGGUCUUUGCCCUCUGUCACAGAAAACGUCGAGCAAUCCCUACGACCACAUGGUAGUCACGCCGCAGCCGUCGAGGUUCAAACGUCAUUCGCCGAGGCUCUGUCUUAAAAACUUGUACAUCAAUCGCGAUGUUUUACCUUGGUACUGUUCUCAUAUUAAAUUAUUACGAUAAUUGUUUUAAUAUUAUAAUUAAACUUUUCAUGAAAAGUCAUACAUUAUUUUGUAUUCUAUCUGCAACAUUUACUGAAUCUAAAAUAGAAUAAAUUUUCAUAAGUGCAAUACAAUUUAAUAUACCUCUCAUGAGUCCCACGACGUAUUAUCAUGAAAGCUUAUCGUUCGCUAAACGUUAUGUCUUAACGACUUCGAUUUAAAUAACCGCGAUGAUCAGAGACUGGGCUAUGCAUUGGUUUUACACAAAGAAUGGUCUAAUAGACAAAAACCGAAGUGUGCUGGAUGUUUAUCGGCAGGAAAAUGUGUCGGAAGUUGCUAACAUCCACGACUGGCAAAAUGAAUUGGAGACAGAACUGUUUCAAGGGUAUUCGCCUGCCCUACUAACGUUUGCUAGUAUAUGCUGUGUGGUGUAUAUGAUGGUUGGCGUGCCCGGAAAUCUCAUCACCAUCAUCGCCUUGUUUAGAUGCAAAAAGGUGCGUAACGCAACAGCAGUAUUCAUCAUCAACCUCAGCGUGUCAGAUUUGAGUUUUUGUUGCUUCAACUUACCACUGGCUGCCUCUACGUUCUGGUACAGAUCGUGGAUACACGGCCAAUUGCUUUGCCGCCUCUUCCCGUUAGUCAGAUACGGUUUGUUAGCCGUAUCCUUAUUUACCAUACUGGCUAUAACCAUCAAUCGAUACAUCAUGAUUGGUCAUCCAUCGCUUUACCCAAAGUUGUAUAAGAAAUUCUAUUUGGGCGUUAUGGUGACUGUGACUUGGGUAGGUGGUUUUGGGUUACUGAUACCCACAUGGCUUGGAAAAUGGGGCCAAUUCGGUUUAGAUGUGACCGUUGGCUCGUGCUCCAUACUUCCAGACUCUGUUGGUCGGUCGCCAAAGGAAAUCCUGUUCAUGGGUGCAUUUGUGGUGCCUUGCUUGUCUAUUGUGGUGUGUUAUGCUCGGAUUUUCUAUAUCGUCCGAAAAACAGCCCUCAAGUCACGGGCUACGGUGACAACUAACUCACGUCACACGAUGAAUACCAAGCCGUCGGACGCUACACCCUAUUACACUCUCAAGACCCGCUUCAAGGUGCCCGAGAUAUCAACAGACUCGGCCAUCGGAUCCAGUACAGCUACCGGCACGUGCUCCACUACUGAUUCAAAGGAACAAAACUUCCUUUCCCCACAUGAUAUUAUCGCCGACCCUAGUUCAUCCGGACUCGAUGAGAGCUAUUCACCGAUAUCCUUCUCUGAUCGCAGGAGUUCCAGACGACGCGACCGUUCACCAUCGUCCGCCCUCAACGCCACCAUCACUCAAGUCGUAUCAGCGGUGUUUCAGACAAAAGAGGACUCCUCUCCAAGGACACGCAAACAGAGUACAAUUGGCGUUGACAGGAUGUCGUCGAAAGACAAGAAGCUGCUAAAAAUGAUCCUUGUAAUAUUUGCAUCAUUUGUCACAUGCUACUUGCCGAUCACCAUUAGCAAGACAUCACACGAACUGGACGACUUACACGUGCUAAACAUAACCGCAUAUGUCCUAAUAUAUUUGACCACGUGCAUCAAUCCAAUUAUUUACGUGGUCAUGAGCUCCGAGUACCGUCAAGCGUACAAGAACCUGUUGAUGUGCAAAAGUUCGCUGGAACAACAACAGACCCACAGAGGAGUAACUAAAAAACUGUCCGGUCCAUAAGCAUAAGUUUACAGUUAGAUUAAAUUAAGAAUACUUUUAAGAUGUAAAGCGUACAUGGUAAGAUUAUUAAUUUAGAUAUUAAUCCUAAUGACUAAACCGUUUAUAUGUUUAUAACAAUGUAUUACGUUCGUUGGUAUAUUAUUAGUACCCAUCGUGUCGAUCAAUAUUAUCACUGCCUCGAUAAUUUUGUUACUACAAUAAAACAAUUACUAGACAAUUAUAGGACAAUUAUAGGACAUAAACAUACGUUUUGUGGUUUACCUCGAAAGUGUAGCUCCAAAGUUACGCUUCAAUAAAGAUAAAACAAACCAAACGUAUUUUUUCUAACAUUCACAUUUCACCAUAUGCGCGAAACUAUAAAGUGAAUACAAUAAAAUACAUUAAAAGAGUAACGCAAUCGUACACAAACGAACGCAUUAUUUCACAAGAAACUGACCCUUAGAAAGUUACACAUUUUGUAAAAUAUAUCCGAAACCCGUGUACAAGUAUAAACUUAGAUGAUAUUCAUUCAGCGUUAAUCGGUCAAUAUCUCUAAAUGUUUUAAUGUUAAGAUAAUCGUAUAAUUUAUAUUUACACUAUUUUUUAUUAGUCAUGAUUAUUCAAUCAUCCUUCAUCCCUCUUAUAUGUGUACCUAAGCGUGUACCAUCAUCUUGUGGAUUUAAAAUGAUAACUCAUCGUCUUUAUACUAUACUUAUAAUAAUGUACAGCCGUACAAAUAAUUUAUAGAACGAAUAUAACGAUGUCAUAUUAUAAUAUUCCUUUUUGAAACUAAAUAAUUUGAGCUAUUGACUGAUUUACAUUACAAUUAUCGCUCUAUGUGUAAUAUAAUCUAAUAUGUGUCUAUGAAAACCGUCUAAACUAGUCAAAAUUCAAACUUCUUAUACUACGAUUAAUCAAAACUUUAUAAAUACAUAAUUCGAUAAACGUUCGUUACAUGUAAUUACCAUAAAUUAAGUUCCAUUAUUAGACGAAUUACUUAGAUCGGUGUUUCAGUAGUUUUAUUGUAAAUUAAGUCGUAAAUAUAUUUUGACAUAAAUAAAUUAUCUCGAUCCAUAUGUAUAAUCAAAUCUAACUUGUAGAAGUGCUUUUCGCUACUUGAUAGUUUAUGGGAAUCGAUUUAUAGUUUUAAGAUAUAUUGUACCUAGAACGACAAACCGUCAGAAUUAGACCAUUUCGAAAUUUAUUAAUAUUUUAUGGAAUUGUAACUUGUUAAGGAGAAGUCCGCAUUAUUGAAGCAUUAAAUAAGCGUCGAAAAUUGUCCUGUGAGCAGUGGUGGCAUAGGUUAGGUUUGUAGGUAUGCCGAUUGUCGUCAUUCGAUAGCACCGAUCAUCCUUUAUGACGUACAUAAUUAAUGAUAUACCUAUUUGAUGUAUCCACAACUUGUCGACGAGCGUUAAAUUAAUUAAAAUCUAAUUUCGAAACUAAAACUCGGUCGAUCGACCCUUUUCUUUCUGUACAGUACAACGCGUACAUUACCGUCUACACGAUCAGAUAAUGCAUGUAUAUGGCGAUAAUAUGGCAAACAUAUUAACAAAAUGACUAACAAAAAAACGCUGAUCAGACGGUCGUCGACUCCAACGCGUGUGCGACAAACGUAAUAAUGUAAUUGAUGUUCUGUGUUGUAUUAUCGUCUCGUACGCGUUUUUUCACGUCUAAAUUUCUAUAGUAAGUACUUACUUCUUCUGCUGUUAGACUUGUAUACUGUUCGUAUAACGGUGACAUAUCGUCUUGCCACGGACAAUACGCCGCGCACCGUAGCAUUAUAUACUAAUAUUGAUGAGGACAAUAAUUAUUACAUUACCAUUUGUUUUUUCUAUAUCACUGCCCCGGACCACUACUGAACCCCUCGAAUAGAGAUACGAUCGUCGAGUGACACACUCGUCGCCACCUGCCUACCUAUCUAUGCUACCGCCCAUCAUGUGUAAUGUUAUUAUAUUAUUGUGCGAAAAGCCGAUCGGCGAUCGCGAGUUUGAAAUAUCCGUUCCGCCUGUGUGCGUUAAUCCGACUCGAGUUCACGGGUGGUAUUUUUUCCCCCCGGAGCUUUUUGUGGGCUCCGGAUCGAACCGACCGAUUGAGCAAAUAUAGCUGUGUUAUAUCGUAUCGAAAUAAUAAUAUUAUCAUAACACAACGAUAAUACUCGCACAUAUAGGCGUGUCGUUGCAGAGAUUUGCACGUAGAUUAAACGGUUCCAGUACGGUGUAUAAUAUUAUUAUAUAUGUUAUGUAAUUUAGUGUAGGCGCUUUUCUCGUUUUGUAUUGUUCGGUUUUUUUUUAUGUUUAAAUGCACGAGUAUUAUUUUUCCGCUUGCACGCAACGUUAUAUAGCAUGAUCCCCGUGAUUUAUAUAAUAUAUACCCACUGCUGCAGUGUGUGCAAAGAAACAAAACGCUACGCGUGUUUAUUAUUAUUACCGACAUUAUUACCCUAUGGGUUGUACCUUAUAAUAAUGUCAUACUUAGGAUAACAUUUUAUCGUCGAGGUGCUUGAUAUGUACAUAUAUUAUGUAUAGGUAUAUAAACUAUAGAUUGGUGGGUGUGCACUGUGCGUUAUGCCUAU